AUGGCCGAAGAGGACCCGUUCGCUGAGAUGGACGCGAUGCUCGCAGAGCAAGUGCGCCUACGGGCACUCCCGCCGAUGCGAACGGUCCGCGGGGUGCGCGAGUUCUACCUGACGCACAAGCCGAAGGAGGACGACUACGUUGGUGUGGCUCUGUGUGUCGCUGGGAUCGAGGACCAGCCCAAGCUGUAUCGGUACGACCUGGUCGACGCGAUUUUCGAGGGCAAAGAGGCUGGGCUGAAGGCGAGAAUGGCCAAGAUGGACCGCGCGAUGCGCAACACUAUCACGUUGCAGGUGACAAUGUGGAAGCCUCGUAAGCGUCCCCUGGGCGGAGUGCGCUGCCCGCACCGGGUUGGCGAAGUCGCCGUCAUUGGCAAGGUCCGAAAGCUGCAGAUGUACCAUUCCCAUCUGCAGGGGCAAGUGGAGGCGGAGGAUUGGGUGGCUGAGCAGGAGCGCGGCCUCUAA